UCGCCUCCCUCACUCCGCUAGCCAAUGAGCGGCAAGUGCGAGUGGGGAAAUUCUCGGCGCAGCCAAUGAGAAUCAAGCGUGGCUAUCCAGGGCAACCAAUAAACAGCCGGUUCAGCGAUUUCGGCUCUGCCCAUCAACCGUCGGCCGUGAGCGGACCAAUGAGAGCUUGCGGGCGGGUUGGGACUGACCAAUGAGCGUUGGCAGGAUAAUCAAGAUGGCUGCAGCCUCCCAGUUUGCCAGUCGAUACAAGAAGGAUUUGAGUACGGAAACCCUCAGAGCAAAAGUUGCGCGCAGGAAAUCGAUGCUUCAAAAGGAGAACAGACACAAGUUGUUUGAAAAGGGCAGACAGUUUGGAUUGGCAGAUGUCAAUGUUCAGCUCCCAAAUGAGAGGGGAAAUUCUCAACCAAAUGAUAAGAGUGAAAAGUGCUCUCAGGAGAACAGCAGUGUAAAACAGAAUGCAGCUACCAAGAGGAUUGCUGACCGCAGGGAAAUGCUCCAGCGCUAUAAGGAAGAAAAGGAACUUCGAAAACUGAUAGAGCAAAGAGAGAAAGCAAAAAAGGGUGUGUUUAAAGUUGGGUUAUAUAGACCAACUGCACCUGGAUUUCUUUCACAUGUCACUGCAGAUCCUGUGACAGUGAAGCCAAGAGAAGAGAAGGUGGCUCCUGCUUCCUCCGGGAGGAUUACCCGAUCAAAGGCCAGGAACCAAGAAGAAAAACCUGUGAUACCAACUGCAUCUAAGCACUCUACGGUCUCUGCCAAUGGACAUGGUGUGCGCCCUACGCAAGCAGGACGUAAACAGACGAGCACAGACAAAGUGGCAGAAAAAGAGAAAGUGUUACAGCCUGCCAUCCAGUCAACCUCCAACAUCCGGAUCACUAGAGCAGCCGCCUCUGCAGCCAGGCAGAUGAUGAAAACAGCUGCUACUGCUGGUAACCAGUCACAGAGAAAGAUGACAAAUGUGGGAAGGCAGAAGAAAGCAGUCAAACCUGAUGUCACGGAGGUAAUUCCUUCCAAAGGUGAAGUGAAUAAAAACACUCAACUGGAUCCGGCGAUGAAAGAUUCUGCAGCUGAUUCUAAACAUUCGGCAUCAGUAGAACUUCAACAGGAACAAACCUCAGUGGAAAACAACAAUUCUGCUCCAGGGAGACCCAGAACACGUUCUUUUGCACCUCAAAACUUUGUGUUUCAACCAUUAAGUGGAUUAGCGACUUACAAAGUUACUCCCAUGACUCCUUCUAGAGCAAAUGCAUUUUUGACACCUAAUGCCUUCUGGGAUUUUUCGAAAUCUCCAAUUAAUAUAACUGAAAAAUCCAGUGGAACUGUGGCACAAGAGCCUAAUUUAAAAAGUCAGGUUUCACCUGCUGCUAAAAGCAUUCAAGAAGAGCAAAUCACUACAAGUUUGAAAGGAGACACAGCAAAUGAAUCUGAUGAGAAAACUCUCAUUGAGAGAUUGAAUGAAACAAGCCCUGUCUCUACAGAUACAACAACGCCCGAAACAAAGUCGGAUGAUAUAAAAGAGCAAGAGCAUGAUGUGCCGUAUUUCAGAAACAUUCUUCGGUCUGAGACAGAGAGGCUGAUGUCUCAGUGCCUCCAGUGGGAUGGAAAACUUGAGCUGGACAUUCCAGAGGAUGCUAAAGAUCUUAUUCGCACCACAAUUGGUCAGACCAGACUGCUCAUAGCAGAAAGGUUUAAACAGUUUGAAGGACUGGUGGAUAAUUGUGAAUUUAAACGAGGUGAAAAAGAAACAACGUGUACAGACUUAGAUGGAUUUUGGGACAUGGUUAACUUUCAGGUAGAAGAUGUGAAUAAAAAAUUUGAUAAUCUGAAGAAGCUUCAAGACAAUGAGUGGCAACCACUUGAUGUCCCAAGCAAAGCAAUUGUCAAGAAAAAGACUGUUCCAAAUGGAGUGGCCAAACCAAAGCUGGGAGCGGCUGGAAGAACUGCUGCCCGAAACCGGCUCGCUGCUAUAAAAGCAGCAAUGAGGGAUAAAAUGAAGCAUGAUGGAGCUGCUGAAUGUACACAUCAGGAGAAGCUGCCAGACGUAGAAAAAGUGGUUUUCGAAGGGGGAUUUUUCAGAAUUGAAAGCCCCGUGAAAACAUUUGCAGGCUUGCUUUCGAAGACCCCUCGCAGAUCUUCCCAGCGGACUCUGGAAAAACUGGCGACUUCAAGAUCAUCCAGCAGAGCUUCGCUUCGUAACGUUCCUCCUGCUCCUGGUGAGCCCGAGGGCACAACCGCAAACCAGACAACACCGCUGCUCCGAGGCUUCCACCCAGCGCAACAGUUGCACAUGCACCAGGUUCCUACCGGAAAAACUCCCCCACUGGAAAAACUCCCCGGUGGUUUUCAUGAACAAAGCAUUUCUGCAGUUGCAGAAGAGCACUGUCCUGUUGCUGGCAGAGCAGAGGAAACUAAGGUGCUGGAAAAUUCUAGCAGUGAAUUAAAAGUAACAGAUGGCACAGAGGAGAUGGAACUAGCUGCUGCAGAAGAACAGGGACAAGAUGUUGUCAUGUGCAGCCCAGACAAGGAGGCCUGCACAGGGAAUAACUUUGCUCAGUCUGGAGAACCAAAAAUACAUCCAACAGAAGUUUCAUGUGGUGAUUUGACACCCAUUGCCAGCAAUCCUUUUGAUACGCCCAUGCUGGAUGCUGAGCUUCCCUUCACCCCGGUCAGGAGCAAAGCCCAGAAGUUUCCAGCAGCUGAAACAUUCACUGACCUCAUUGUAUUUUCUCCCCUUCCUCCCUCUGGGGGAAAAUGAAAAGCGACUUGAAUUUCAAAAUGGGUAAAUUACAUUAACAAACCCACAGAAGAUAUCUGUAAUAUAGUCUCUUACCUUCGAACUGUGUUCUGAGUGACUGAAUACCCGUGGUAUUUUGCUAGUGGAAUUUAUUAAAAUAUUUGGUGACGUUU